AUGAAUUCGAACGAUUUUAACGGGCAGAGAAAGGCCUUGCUUAUUGGUAGUCCCUACGGCGGCCUUCAAGGCGUUCCCAACGAUGUGACUGCUAUGGAAACGAUGCUCGAAAGCAGAGGGUUCACGAUCGCCAAAUGCUGUGGCCAUCAAGCGACACGUGAUGGCAUUAGAAGCGACUGGAAUUCACUGAUAGACUCUCUGGACACAAAUGACACUGUCGUCAUUUAUUACUCGGGUCACGGAGCCCUCGUGGAAGCCCCCAAAACGACUGCCGACGAAAAGUCACCGCGGCCAAAACACCAUCAGUUCCUGGUUCCAAUAGACUACGAUGAGACUACAAGUGAUGAUUUCCGCGGCCUGCUCGAUGUCGAACUCACCGACCUUCUUCGACGAACGACCGAUGUAACCAGCAACGUCACAGUUAUUUUCGAUUGCUGCCACUCUGCAAAUAUCGCUCGGGAUUCCGUUAGUUCCCGUAAUCCACGCUACAAGUGCUUGCCGCGCCAGAUGUACAAUGUGGCGAGUUACAUUGACGGACUUAAAAGAGACGGAUACUUGCAAGGUAACAUUGAGGCUGAGGACAACCCACACGCUGUAAAAAUAUGCGCCGCUGAUGUCCACUCACUGGCCUGGGAGCGUAAGGGCACCGACGGCAUACAAAUCAGUAUAAUGACUGAAAUCCUGGUGCGUGAGAUUAACGACAUUCGAAAUCAAUACUCUUCAUGGAAAACAACAAUGACCAAGGUCCGCGAGGAGGUUAGAAGGGAGUUUCAUAAUCAACGUCCUCAAGUAUAUGGCGCCCACCAUCGACUGUACUUCUCCAUGGAAGAACGGAGAUCAACAGGGUUCCAUGUCACUCUGAGAGGCGACUACACCAUCCUUCACGCAGGACGAGUUGCUGGGGUGAACGUUGGCGAUACUUACGUGAUUUGGCCAUAUGGUUACGGCGAUAGUGGAACGAACCUUAUCGGAGACGCGCGAGUCUACAGUGUGUGUGGAUUUGAAGCUACGCUUCUAGUCAGGUGGAACUCUAGCAUGCCAUCAGGAGGAGCAUUCGCGUAUCUCCAAACCCCAGCGCCAAUCCCCAGAUGGCCGAUCCAAUUCCCAGGAACCCUAGAAAGAUUUGGAAGAACUAUCGAUCAGUCAAACGUACUUCGACCUUGGCUUCAUAAUGAAGAGAGGGAUCCAUUUCUGAAGUGUGUUUAUGAAGGCAACGAUCUCAUACUAUACACCAACGAAGACGUCCAUAUUGCUUCCAUGGAGAGAUCAAGCAACUAUUUCGGAGGUUUGCUCAAGGCUGCUGAGCAGCUAGCGCGCGCACAGCACCUUCUCAACCUCGAAUGCAAUAAUGAGGAAGAGAGACUUUCCCAUGACUUCCGUGUUUCUCUGAGCCCUAGGCACAAUAACAGUGUGAGCAUCCCAGAGGGAGGCGAAAUCUAUGUUAAGAUGGAAAAUCACGGCGCUCAUAAAAUUUAUGUCCACGUUUUCUAUAUCACAGCUACUGGGCUGAUUACGGAGCUUGAGAAGAGGUCUUUCGGGAAUCGUCAGAGCGCAACACUAGGUGAAAACUGGAUGCGAAAAUGCGGGGGUAUCGAAAUUACGUGGCCACGAGGGGUGCCUCGGACAUCUCCUAUCACGGAAUACAUUGUGUUUGUGAUAACGGAUCAAGAGGUGGAUUUGAGCAUUCUCGAAACUUCAGAGGCUCCUCUCCGAAACGCCAAGAAACCAGCAGAGCUUUCUCGGAUUCGCUACGAUGUAGUUCAUGAAAAUCUUAGGGUUCUUCCAGCUGAAACCAUUCCAAGUGAUGCAAGUGGUUAG